GGGUCUAGGCGCAGUUUGCUCCCAGUUCCCUCCCAGUGCUCCCAGUAAGAGCGGUACUGGCAGGGAGAGCGCUCCCAGUUGCUUCUAGGUGCUGUCAGGAUCGUUACCAGUGCUCCCAGUAUCACUUCCCAGUGCCGCGCGGGGCGCAACCGCUUUGCAAUCCCCCAGGGCGGAGCGCGGCUGCUUUUGCGCGUCGGCACCGGGCCGGGCCGGGCUGGGGGAGGAGGAGCGGAAGGAAGAAGAGUAGUGGAAGGAAGAGCAGCAGCAGAACCGAGCGGCUCACUCGCUCGCCCGCUCUAGGCCGCAGCUUCCCCGACUUCCCCGGCAUCACCCCUCCCCCCGGAAGCCGCAGCUGAACUUGGCCCGCAGGAACAUAAACCCAACGCGCUCAACCCUUCUUUUCCCCCAAAAAUGGAUUUCCCAUUCCUAAACCUUGGCCCGAUGGAGGAGGAGGCCGUGAGGAAGAAGAACAUGCCCCCGGAGCCCCAGGCAGACAAGGAGCUGAGGAUGGAGACCAGGGAGGACAAAUCCCCGCAGCAGAACCUUGUGGAAGAGGCUGUUUGGAGCAGCUCCAUUGCACAGGAAACCAGCGAGGAGGAAAAGCCCGGGAGAUCCCACAUGAGGAUGGGCUGCAAACACAGUUCUUGGGUAUCCGAGGAGGAGAACCAGGGCCAAAGAACCGGACAGAGCUGCAGCCAGAGCUCAGAGCUGGGGUUCCAUGAGCAUCUUCAUGAUGCGGAUAAGCCCCACAAGUGUUCAAAUUGUGGGAAGAGCUUCAGCAAGAGAUCCUCCCUGAUCUGGCACUGGAGAAUCCACAUGGGGGAACGGCCCUAUGAGUGUGGGGAGUGUGGAAAGAGCUUCAGUACGAGAUUCAAACUGAUCCGCCACCAGAUGAUCCACACUGGGGAGAGGCCCUAUGAAUGUGACAUACGCAGGAAGAGGUUUCAGACCAGCUCCAAUCUCGUCAUGCAUCAGCGGAUUCACACAGAAGAGAGGCCCUUCCGCUGCCCUGACUGUGGGAAGGGCUUCAAAUACAACUCCCGCCUUGUCUCCCACAGGCGCAUCCACACUGGGGAGAUGCCCUAUGAGUGUGGGCAGUGUGGGAAGUGCUUCAGGACAAGCUCUGAACUGAUUGUCCACCAAAGGAUCCACACAGGGGAACAGCCCUAUGAGUGUGAUAAAUGCAGCAAGAGGUUUCUGACCAGCUCCAGUCUCCUCCUGCACCAGCGCAUUCACAUAGAGGAGAGGCCCUUCUGCUGCCCCGACUACGGGAAGGGCUUCAGGCACAACUCCAACCUCGUCACCCACCGGCGCAUCCACACUGGGGAGAGGCCCUAUGAGUGUUCUGAGUGUGGGAAGAGCUUUUCACAGAGCUCUCACCUGACCAAACACCAAUGGAGGCACCACUAAGGGAAGCCCUGCAAAUCAAGUGCAGGAAGAGCUUCAUGUGCUGCUCCAGCUCCAUUCUCCAUGGCAGGAUCUGUGCUGGAUGAUGCCGAGUGACCCCUGGUGGGCAGAGCCCCGGUGAUCCAUGUUAGGAAGACACCUGGCUGGGCGGCUCUUCAUCCUCCUGGCUUCCCUUGAGCACCUGGACAUAUCCACAGAUCAACAUCAGAAAUCCAUUGUGAAGAGCACGUUUGUCGACUUCUGACCCGAGAAAAAUCUCACUCUUUGCAUCUUCUGGUGGCAUCAAGCAACACUGAAUGGCCUUGGAGGUCUUCUCCAAUAGAAAUCCAUCAUUUUAAUCCUUUCUGGCUCAUGGGCAUCUUCCACAGCCAAAUGGGAACAUAUUGGGGCAAACCCCACAAUUUUGGAGAUGGUGGGGUGGAAACCCCUUCAAAAAGGGUUCUUCCCACCCAGCCAAGCAUGUGGAUGCUUUGCCAGCAGGGACACAUAAAUUCUUUUGUUUUGGCCUUGAAACAAAAAGGUUUCUGUU